GUCUUUUCGUGGCGGAGUCGAAGUUCCGCAGCGAGAAGGCCAAGGCCACGGCACUCAUCGAAGCCAAGGAUGCUGAAGGGCUGACGGCCUUCAUCACGAAGCCAGAGGUGGAGGCCCGCAACGUGAAGAGGGUCAUCCUCAAGGCGAAAGCCUUCUCGCAAAAUAUCGCGGGGGCACAGGGCAGCAGCGAUGCUGAACCCGCCACCUACAAG